AUGGCCGGUGUCACACAACCUCCCUACCCCCUUCACGAGUCCGUUCGGGACCUGCUGGAUCCUGAGUAUGUCGACUUCUACAACCAGCAUGUUAUCGACAAGCAACAGGUCCAUCUCCAGCCCGUGGCCGCAUCGCGCACUGGCGGAGUCCUCAUUCCGGGUGCCGGUCCCAUGCUCGAGGUCGGCCAGACACGGGAUCUGUCCUUGACGCGCCGCGCGACGGAGGGACCCGCGAUCCCGAUCCGCUGUUUCACUCCGAAAGGAGAGACCCCGGCGGGCGGGUGGCCGGUGAUGUUGUACUUCCACGGGGGUGGCUGGGUGCUGGGCAACAUUGACACGGAGAACGUUGUCUGCUCCAAUCUCUGUGUGCGCGGCAAUUGCGUCGUCGUGACCGUCGACUAUCGUCUGGCACCUGAAAACCGGUGGCCGGCCGCCGUGCACGACUGCUGGGAGGCUCUGCUCUGGCUGAUCCAGGACGGACCCGCCGCUCUGUCCAUCAACAAGUCGAAGAUUGCUACCGGUGGCUCCUCGGCCGGUGGCAAUCUCGCGGCCAUCAUGACUCACAAAGCGCUCACUCUGUCGCCCCCGGUGCAUUUCCUGGCCCAAUUGCUGUCGGUGCCGGUGACUGAUAACACAGCCACCGUGGACAACAACGAGUCUUAUCGCCGCUAUGAGCGCACCCCCGCCCUGCCGGCCCCGAAGAUGAUCUGGUACCGAGACCACUACCUGCCCAACCAUGCCGAUCGUACAAACCCCGAAGCCAGCCCGCUCUUCUAUGGUGAUGACUGGUCGCAGCUCCCGCCCGCCCUGGUCAUGGUGGGUGAGUUGGAUGUGUUGCGCACCGAAGGCGAGCAGUAUGCCGAGAAACUUCAGAAAGCUGGCGUCGAGGUCAAUUUACAGGUGAUGAAGGGCAUGCCGCAUCCUUUCCUGGCCAUGGAUGGCGCACUUUCCGAGGGCAAGCGCUGCAUUACACUGAUGUGUGAUGCCCUGCAAAAGGCUUUCCGGAGCUGA